AGAGACACCUAUGGCGAAGAGCAAUGACUGAGGAGUUCGAUGAAGAGGUGGUAUUUGAGAAUUCUCCACUGUUCCAGUACUUGCAGGAUCUCGGACACACGGACUUCGAGGCAUGCGCGACGGUGUCACAGGAGGAGGAGCAGUACAAGCAGGGAGGGGCAGGGUCCCCCCUGCAGGAUGCGCCCACUCCGCCCAUAGAAGGCCGUAUCUGGAGGCUGGCUGACACUGUGUGGAGCAUGAGCUUCUGCCUCCAGGGCUCCAUGUCCCCCAGCCUGGAACAGCAGCUGGACGCAGAGUUUCGGCAGUACUCCUUGCGUACCAUCCUGGAGCAGGACGUGCUGCUGCAGGAGGAUGUAGAGCUCAUCGAGCUGUUGGACCCCAGCGUCCUCUCCAUGGGGUCGUCAACCUCAUCUGACCACGCUCUCACAACCACAGCUCCGCCCACACCCCACCCCCGGGCCGGCCCAUCCCUCUGGGACCUCUCGGUGCUGGCCGCGUUUGCGGCAGUGCUGGCGGCCCUGCAGGGCCCGGAGGGUGGGCCGAGCAUGACACUCCUGGUGCCGUGGGCGGCGGCGCUGGCGGCAUUUGUGGCGCUGCGCGGGGCGGGGCUGGUGAGGAUGGCCCGGCUGCGGAGAGACAUGCGGGCCCGCGGGGUUCGGCUGGAGCGGCUGGCACUCGACUGCAGGGCGCUCACUGGCCUGGCGCGCAAGUCGCUGCGGCUCGUCCAGGAGACCGAGGUCAUCUCCCGCGGGUUCACACUGGUCAGUGCGGCCUGUCCUUUCAACAGAGUGGGGCAGCAGCGUGGCCAGCAGCUCCUGGGCCUGCGGAAGGCCUCAUACCGGGCGCUCCGCGCCGCCUUCAGGGCCUCCCGCCUGGCCACCUGCCAUAUGCUCAAGUCCUAUCCCUUGGAUUCGGAAAUUGACAAUGUGACGAAUUACGUGUCGACAGUCCCCCUGAAGGAGCUAGGCCUGGGCCUGGGGGAGGAGGAUCUGACUGACGAGCAGGUGCAGGAGCUUACAGAUGACUACAGCCUCCCUGCACUCAAGGUGCUCUUCCAGCUGUGGAUGGGGCAGAGCUCUGAGUUCUUCCGCCGCCUGGCCCUACUGCUGUCCCCUGGGCGGGAGGACCAGAGAGGGAGGGGUGACGGAGCCAAGCAGGGGGAGCAGCCGCUCGCCCCACCUGCACACCGGGCCGUUGCCGAGGUGACGGGGCCAUUCCAGCACACCCUCUCGGGCUGCCUGGGUGACCUGCAGCGCAGCUACGACUUCCACCGCUACUUCGAGAUGCACCACCAGCCGCAGGCAUCUGACCGCGCCCGCCGUGCCCGGCAGAAGUGCCGCGAGCUCAACACCCUUCACACCUCCGUGCGCAGCCUGCAGCUCCACCUCAAGGCCCUGCUCAACGAGAUGAUCAUCCUGGAGGACGAGCUGGAGAAGCUGAUGGUCUCCCGGGAGACGGUGGAGACAACGUGCGCGGGGUACCAGAUGCUGCAGGACAGGCUCCGCCUCCUGCAGCCGCACAUGCAGGCCAGCUCUGCCUGCUGGGACGAGACCGUGGCGCAGGUGGACCGCAUGCUGAACCGCGCCGCCAACUGCCCAGGAACACCCGGAGCUGAGGAUGAGAAGGCUCCCCCAGUGCCGCCCCCUCCACCCCGACCAGUCACCCUCAUCCAGGACAAUGACCCUGUCCCAGAGGAGCAGGAGCUGGAGGCGUAUGUGACGGACUCGGACUCAGACGGGGAGUGGCAGGGCUCGCUGCGGGACCUGCUGUCCCCAGAGGAGAGGGAGCGGCAGCGACGGCAGAGGGAGGAGUCUCGCCACGUCCUGCUGGAGCUCAAGUCCGUGCUGGGGCUGCGCGCCUCUGAGGCCGAGCGGCAGAGGUGGAAACAGCUGCUCUUCAGCGACCGAGCUGCCCUGACUGCAGUGCCUACCGAGCCCCCAGAACCUCACAGAACCUCUGACCCAGUGGACAUACUGGCACCAGAGAAUGAGGAGAACCACCAUGUGGAGGACCACCAAGAGGAGGAGGGGGAGGUGGUAGAGGAGGAGGAGGGGAGGGACAAGGAGAACCCUGCCCCUGCCACCACAGAGACGGAGUUCUGCUGUGGGCAGACAGAGGUGGGUGAGGAGAGGGCCCACCCACCGGCCUCCGAUGUCGCAGAGGGGACGGUGCACUACCAGUACGACGGCUUGGCAGGGGAGGAGGUGGAGGCGCAGACUGACGGGAUGGAGCACCGCCCCCUGGUGGCCAGAGUCCCCGCCCUCUCCGUGAUGGACAGGCUGACAGAACUGCAUGGCUCAGCUGCCCUCAGCUUCAGCUCCGCCCUCGCUGCCCAGGUGGCAGCCCGCUCGCACUCCUUCACCAACAUGGAGGAGCAGACCUUUGGAGACAAGGACGAAGAUGAGGAAGAGGAAGGGGAGGGGCCAGGGGAGGUAGAGCAAGAAGAAGAGACCUCACAGCCCAGGAGAAGGAGUCAGGAGGAUGACUAACAUGUAGUGUACAGCCAGGAUAUUUAUUUGAGUUAUUUAUUGAGAUUCUGACAAAUACCCGGUUAGAUUUUUGAUUUUGUUUUGUUUGUGGUGUAUUUAGACACAUCAUUUGAGUUUUUGAGACAAUUUUCAUGCUGCACUUCUUCUAUUUCCCUCUCAUUUGUGAGACAAGAAGGCUGUUCUUUGGCAGCCCAUCGCUCUACCAAACCACUGCGGCCCUCCUGAGCCAUGCCUCUGUCAUUACCCGCUGUCCCACAAUCCCUCUUGGCUGCCAUCACACAGAGACCCACUUGGCUCUCCUCUCCCGAAGGGACACCACUUCAGAAUGGAGCUUGACUGAACCCAUUCCAAACCCAAAACUACACAUGUCAACAGUCUUUGGGUGUCAUAAGCACAUGUUAAAAUUCAACCGUCCAGAGAGGCUUGGUAUUCAAACACAUGGGUAUUUUACUGAAAGUCUAGACACUUGAUUGUUGAUUCUCAGCAUUUUGUUUACCACUUGAGUUCAGGAAUCAGGUACAAUGCCUACAUUUGGUCUCAAACCAGUUUGCAAAUUUUUUCCAUUUUUUGUUUUCGUCCAAGAAAUGAAUUCUGCCUGUUCUAUAAUUCUGAUUAUUAUUGUUAUAUAAUGAAAUGCAAAGUGUUGGGUUUGUUUGAAAGAUAGGGCUGAGCUGUUUUCCAGCAGUGCAGAAUUCUCAGGUACACCUCUGGAACCACUACACUGAAUGUAAAGUUACUGACUAUACAUCAACAAACGGGUGAAUGCGUUUGUAUGUCUUGUUUUUUUUUGCCCCAAGGAAACAACCUUCACUUCACCCCCUUGCCUUGAGUGAGCCUCCUGGCUUUAACUACUGUUUUGUGUGUGUGUACGUGUGUGUGUGUGUGGGCAGGGAGGAGUUUUACACUACAAGUUAACCUCCUGAAUGUUUCAAAAGAAAAACCUUUUCCUUUUCUCUGAAGAUUCCGAGAUUACAGGUCAUGUUCCAGCCUAGUGACAGCAUGUCUCUAACAUUGUCAUAGGACUGCCUCAUGGGUACCCCGUUGGAGCGAAGCUGAAAUCAUUAUCCAGGGGUAGAUCCAGACUACGCAAAGCUCUUACUUUGGCAGCAUGUCCGCAUUUUAUGUUCAUAGGCUGUUUUCAGGCUGUUAGCGUGUGUGGGUGGACACGGUCCGGCGGUGGAGAGACAAUGUUUUUACUGUCAGUAUUUUAUCGUGGGUCAAUCCAUUUACUCAGAGAUAUGCUGCACUGGAUGUGCAGUUUAUCCUGAGUGUCCUGCAACACAGCACAUUUCACAGUCCAUUCUGUGAAUUAGUCAGCUCUCAAGGGAAAACCUGACCUCGGAGGAAGCUGGAACACCUGGCCUCUCGCGAACUGGAGCUGUACUGAGGAGACUGAACCUCAAACUGUCCACACGCCUCGCUGACAUAGCG